AUGUCUACCAACGCAAGCCAAAUCAGGACCUACGCCGCCCCUCAAGGGGUAGCGGUAGCUGAUGCUUUCUUAGUCCAUGUCCGUUCUGUGGAUUCCGAACCAUGGAUUCCAGUGUCCACCUACGCCGUUGACGUUGCUGAGGUCAACACCACCUGCAAUGAAUUUGACAAACACCCCAUUUCACUUGCAUCCUUCGACAUAGAUGGCACAGUCCAAAUUAAAGUCAAAUACACGUUGAGUAAAGUGAAAAGCGCUGUCAUCCGGCCAAAAUCUCUAGGUAUCCAGCCUGUGAUUGACGGUGAUAACACCAUCAGCUUCAGCCUGGACCGACCUCAGGAUGUGAUGCUAGAAAUCAACAAUGACAAGUGGCAAGCUCUUCACAUUCUCACAAAUAGUAUUGAUCACGAUGCGCCUACCAGCGACUCUAAGGAAAUCUGGUACUUUGGCCCUGGCAUCAACAAUGGGCCGGCGUACGGCAAGGUCACUGACGGGAAUCUUUUUGUACCCUCCAACACUACGGUAUACCUGGCGGGAGGCGCAUUCGUCACCUUUAAACUGAACUUCAUCAAAGUUUGCAACUCUGGAGUUCGAGGACAUGGCUUCAUCUACAAUGGACCCAACGGCGGCGCCAUCUUGAUUGAACGGUCGGAGAACAUUGUCGUCGAAAACGUCACUUCACUGGGCGCUACCGGUUUCAGUCUGACAACUGGGGAAGCGAACGGUGUACGCAUUAGUGGCUAUCGAUCCUUCUCGUCUCAUGGAAACGGUGACGGUGUCGACUUUUUCUGCUCUUCAGACAUUCUGGUAGAGAACUGCUUUCUGCGCAACUCUGAUGAUACAAUCGCCAUCUAUGGCCAUCGUUGGGAUUACUACGGCGACUCAAGCAACAUUGUAAUACGGAACUGCACGCUUCUUCCAGAUAUCGCGCACCCAAUUCAUAUGGGCACUCAUGGGAACCCGGAAAAGCCAGAAACCUUCAGCAACAUCCGUAUUAGCAACAUCGACAUUUUGGACCACCAUGAGAAUCAGAUGUGGUACCAAGGCUGCAUUUCUAUAAACGCAGGCGACGAGAACUUGAUUGAAAACGUGCAUAUCCAAGAUGUACGAGUAGAAAAGAUUUCAAAGGGCCAGCUCGUGAAUCUGCGAGUUAUGAAGAACGAGAUGUGGACAACAGCGCCUGGUCGUGGGGUACGAAAUGUUACUCUCAAGGACAUCAGCGUUGAUACAACAAAUUCACAGAUAGUGAAUCCGUCACAAAUCUUGGGAUUCGAUAGCACAAGAAAAGUGGAAAAUAUUGUCUUUGAGAAUCUGAAGGUCGGAGGCCAAUAUAUUCAUGAUGGUAUGGAGAAGCCAAGGUGGUAUAUGGUGGCUGACCUUGUUCCCAUGUUCGUUAAUGAGCAUGUCACAAACGUCAAGUUUAUUUUGACCAAGUGA